CCAAUGAAGAACAAGAUCCAAGAUAGGUAAGUGCAGAAAUGGUCGCCACCGCAGACGAUAAAAAGAUCGGCGGCCAAAAUAAAGCAUCUCUUCCCGUCUCCACAGUCCGCCAUUGAAGCCUCUCUGUUAUUAUCUCCAGAUCUUCCCUUUUCCCCCUUUUAAACCGCCAUUAAAAUGCUUUCUUCCCGCAUUAAUCUCCCACCAACCCCACUUUCCACCAACCCCACCUCCCCUUUUCCCCGCUUUUCCCCAAAUCUCCUCCCAUCCGUCCGAUCUAAACCCUCCGAUCGCCACCGAUUCUCCACCUCCGCCGCCAUUAAUGGCGUCUCUUCAAAACUCACAUCUCUAAUUUUCAACCCAAUCCCCAAAUCGAGCCUAUUCUGCAAAAAUCCCGUGGACCGAUUUAGGGUUUUCCCUUCAAAACCUAACCUCCAUGUCCCCGCCGCUGCCGCGGCGGACGGCGGCGAUACGACCGCUGAUUCCGCCAGAAGCAAAACGUUUCAACUCGCCGUCGUGUUUGGGCUAUGGUAUUUCCAGAACAUCGUAUUCAAUAUCUACAACAAGAAGGUUCUCAACGUUUUCUCAUUUCCAUGGCUUCUCGCUUCGUUUCAGCUCUUUACUGGAUCGAUUUGGAUGCUUGUUCUUUGGUCAUUGAAGCUUCAACCAUGCCCUAAAAUUUCAAAGCCGUUCAUAAUGGCUCUCCUCGGCCCCGCUUUAUUCCACACAAUCGGCCAUAUCUCCGCCUGCGUUUCGUUCUCAAAAGUCGCUGUUUCUUUCACUCAUGUCAUUAAAUCGGCCGAACCAGUCUUCUCCGUUCUGUUCUCUUCAUUCCUCGGCGAUUCAUAUCCAAUCCAGGUCUGGCUCUCGAUUCUCCCCAUUGUUUUUGGCUGCUCUCUGGCCGCCAUUACUGAAGCUACCUUCAAUUUCGAAGGUCUUUCAGGCGCCAUGAUCAGCAACGUAGGGUUUGUGUUAAGAAACAUUUACUCAAAAAAGAGCUUGCAGAGCUUCAAGGAGGUUAAUGGGUUGAAUUUAUAUGGGUGUAUUAGCAUAAUUUCUUUGUUGUAUCUGUUUCCUGUGGCGAUUUUCGUUGAAGGGUCGAAAUGGGUUCAAGGAUAUCAUCAAGCAAUUUCCUCCAUUGGUAAUGCUUCAACGUUAUAUCUCUGGGUUUUGAUUUCUGGAAUCUUUUAUCAUCUUUAUAAUCAAUCUUCUUAUCAAGCUCUUGAUGAAAUUAGUCCUUUGACAUUCUCUGUUGGGAAUACAAUGAAAAGAGUGGUUGUGAUUGUAGCUUCUGUGUUGGUGUUUAGAAACCCAAUUAGGCCUUUGAAUGCUAUUGGUUCUGCUCUUGCCAUUUUUGGGACUUUUCUGUACUCUCAGGCGACGUCGAAAAAGAGUUCUAAGAAGAUUGAGGAAGGAGAAAAGAAGGAUUGAAGAACAUGAACAUGAACAAGAAGAAACCAUUGUUGGGGUUGGAUGGAGUGAUGGAAUUCAUUUUUUAUGCUCUUUUUGCUUUGUUUUCUCUUGUGUUUAGUUCAGGAAUGACUAAUAAAAUUUAGAUUUUGUGAGUUUUAAGCUAUGAAAUUUAGUUGCAGCCAUGGUUUUGUUGAGUUAUGGAUCGAUGAAUCUCUGUUCUGUGUUUCUCUUCUCUUUGAAAUUUAUGGGGUUUCUGAAGGAA